UUGAGCACGGGUACUAAAACACGGAGGACAGGAGGAAGGAGAGUGGCCGACGUGGUGAAGGGAAGGAAGAGCACCAAGGACCAAGGGCGUCUCUCCCCCCAGGUCAUUUCCGAGAGGGGGGUCCUGCUAGCAGAGCAGCGGCUAUAUAAGGUGCAGGAGCCCAUCUCCGUGGCAUCAGUGUCCCAGCGCCUCUCCUCGCCCAAUAUGAGAUUCUUGUUGAUCCUGGCCGCCGCGGCCGCCGUGGCCUCCGCCGACACCCAGUACUCCUACGAGGAGCCCCAAGCCUACCAGCCCCCACAGGCCUACGUGGCCCCCGCCGCGUCGGCCAGGUCAGAAUCCUUCGGUACUGUCCAAGUGGUGCCCAUCCUGAGGGACGACCGCGUGCACGACGAGGCAGGCAGCUACAACUACGAUGUGGAGACCGGCAACGGCAUCACCCUGUCACAGUCCGGCUCCCCGUCCGGGCCCGAGGGAGCCGUGGUCAAGGCCGGAGAGUACUCCUACACCGCCCCGGACGGCACGCUGGUGGAGGUGAGGUACGUCGCCGACGAGAACGGUUUCCAGCCUGAGUCUCCCCUGCUGCCCGUGGCCCCCGCCUUCCCCCAUCCCAUCCCCCAGUUCGUGCUGGACCAGAUCGCCUUCGCCGCCGAGGAGGACGCCGCCCGCGCCCGCGCCGAGGCCUCCCAAGUGAGGUCUGCCUCUGUGCCUGCCCCCUCCCUGUCCUACGGAGCGCCGCAGGAAUAGGAUCUUACGAUUACUAGCACUAAGCAUAAAGUAUGAUCACAUGGCUGUAGAUCUGUUUUUCUUAUAUUUAUUGCAAUACCAGAAUAAAGAAUAAAUAUCUCA